GUGACCAGAUGGCAUAAAGCACCACUGCGGAGUGUAAGCAGAAAUCCUCUUAGAGUUGUAUAAAUGUCCGUCAUGGCCACUGAGAAAGUAGAGAUCAUGGCAAAGCUGGUUGAUCAGACAGAGACCAGUCUGUUUGAAUGCAAAGUGUGCUUUGAAAGAUACAGCCAGCAGAAAAUACGUAGGCCAAGAAACUUGCCAUGUGGACAUGUUAUGUGCCUGAAAUGCGUCUCUUCUCUAGCUCAUCCACGGAAUCUUAAGUUGGAGUGUCCUUUUUGCCGAAGAGCUUGCAAAUCUUCUGAGACCAGUGACUGUUUGCCGCUGCUGCACUUGAUGGAAAUAUUGAGCCCUUCGGCUAUUCAUUCUCCAGUUUCUGGAAGGACGAUUGGGACAGGUGAGGAUAUGGCUGUGUCAGCAUCUCAUGUCUUAACAUUUGGCCUUUCCUUUGGAGGAUGGGGAACGCUCCUCAAUCCAACCGGUAUUGCGGUCUGUCAGAAGUCUGGCUGCAUAGCAGUGGCCCACGAUGGCAAGAAGAGGAUUAAGCUGUUUACUUUCAACGGGAGCUGCAUGCAACAGUUUGGAGAAAGAGGAGGAGCAGGAAAUGACAUUAUGUACCCAACUGAUGUCACUUUCACGUUGGAUGGUCACAUUGUAGUCACAGACAGUGGAGACCGUUCUGUCAAAGUGUUUGAUUUUAAUGGCAGAGGCAAGCUUGUGAUCUCAGAGUCCUUCUCUUUGCCCUGGGGCCUUGACACUACGCCUGAGAACGAUAUUGUCAUGACCGAUUCAGAGGCAGGAAUUUUGUAUCGCUUGACAGCUGACUUUAAAAAGGGGGAAUUAAGGGAAGUGAGGAAAAUGUAUUCUAAUCUGUGUAACCCAAGAAAAGUGGCCGUUUCUCAGGCUUCUGGGGCUAUUUCAGUAAUAGAACAUCUAAUGGCAAAAGGCCCAAGCUUUGGCUGCAUCAGAGUGAAAGUCUUCAGUGCAGAUAUGAAGCUCGUCAGCCAGGUGGAUAGUUUUGGCCUGAAUCUUGUGUUUCCUUCCAAACUCUAUCCCAGUGCCGUCACCUUCAACAAGGAAGGACACGUUAUAGCAACUGAUGCCUCUAACCAAACAGUAUUUGACCUUGGAAAACCCGAAGAUUUCCCUGUAUGUAAACCCAUCAUUACACAGGGUCUUUCCUACCCCUUGGCGUUAGCUUACACUGCAAAUAAUUCUCUGAUUGUCUUGGACGGGGGGGAUCAUUCUUUAAAAGUAUAUACCACUUGUUCAAAUAUUGGGGAAGAAUGAUGUCUUGCAAACUGAUGACCCAAUACAGUCUACAACCCAACACAGGUAACAUAUAGCAAGUUUUUUGUAACUACCCAGCUCCUCUGGCAAGAGUCAGUUGGAGCCUCCUCCAUGUACAACCGCAGUAAAAUGCAGUCUUGUUGAUAUAAAACAGACAUAGGUCAGCCAUCCUCUUUGCAACUGAUAGCGAUAAGGCGUAAGAGUUCUAAAACUGAGGCUGUUAGUGUUGGGUUUUAGACAGGCUCAGGUUGCUUUAUAAUGUAGUUGGGUCAAGUGAAAGCAUUCUUUCAGUCUAGCUCUAUGACCUACUAUGGCACCAAACAGAACAUGAACUGCAACCUCUGCAUCCAUAAAUUAUGAUACUGAAUUGGCCAUUAUGAAAUAACUGGAUAUGAAAUGCAGUGCUACUACAGCCUGUGUCUUCACUGGACAUAUUGCAGAGGGCAUCCAUGACUCAGCUGAGCCAAACAAAACAGGGCAAAGAAAGGGGCAUGUAGCUGGUAGCAGAAAUGGGUGCCUCUCACUUCGAUGCCACUGAUUUGACAUAUGCUUUGGUGCCUCUUAAGCUGGUUCUGCAUGCCUAGUAUCUAGAGCAAAGCCUUUUAAAUGAUGUUGCGCUGGAUGUUUCUAUCAGAGAUCACACCUACUUCAUUUGCCUCCUGCUGGAUGUUUCUGCAGUACCCGUGGUCCCAUGCAUCACUGUAACAACACUUAUGAGAGAUUGCUUGUGUGAUUAAAUGAAUAGUAUUUUAUCCAUUGUAGAUUUAAGAGACUGCAACUGAACUGUACUUCUGUGUGUUACAUGUCUUGAAUCGUGUCAUAUCUUUUCUUCAGAUGAAUGCAAGGGUCAUACUGUUUGUUAAAUUUAGCCACGAGUGCGUUGCCUCAGAUUUUGCAUUUCACACCCACACCAUGAAUGUCCUUUAUCAGCUGUGAGUUUUAGCAGAGGAAUACAGAGAUUAACCCAUUCCCAUUCGGCAAUUUUUCUGUACAAGGGUUCUUCCCCAUCUGUUGUCCACACAAACAUGAACACACACACACACCCCACUAUCAUAAUGAAAAGAAAAAAGUACUUUCCCCUUGUGGAAUGAAAAGCCACUGGGUGGUGGAUAGGAGAAAUGGCCAGAAAUGAGCGAUUCAGUGUUCCCUUUGAAAGUGAUGACAAAGAUACAUGCAGUUAUUGAAACCUGUAAUUUGAUGCCAAUGUACAGGCUUUUGCAUAGUUAGAAACUGUGUAUGAUAUAACAGAAGAAGGAACCAGUUUAUUCCAAGGAAUAAAAUACAUUGUCUGUUAUUGCUUUCCCGAAUGCAGUGUAAAAGUAAUUUUACAACUAUACUGAGAUGAAUUUAAGAAAUCUCUGAAAUGUUGUGUUGAUUAUCUGAGCUAUUUCACUAUUGGGAUAAGAAAAGCUCAGCGCUUUGUACCUUUUAGUUAUUCUAUUAGAUCUCUUCACUCACUUACUCAACAUUUCUGGAUAUUUUAAGGAAGAAACUCUUUUAAGCCCAUGUACAAUUUUUUCCUAUGGAAAUUCCAAUGGAUAAAAAGGGACUGACAAUAUAGUUUACAUAAACCUGAACCAUUUGAGAUUAUUUAAAUCCUGUUGCAGAAUGAAGUUGCAGACAAACAGUUUGAAUGCCCAGUACUGUGAAAUAACAUUGCCACAAAAAAGACUAAAUAGAUGUGCUAUAUUUGUAAAAUGCUAUUUUAACAGAAGUACCCUGGAGUAUCUAUUUAUUUUAUUUAUAUUAAUUUCAAUUGAGCUUGCCUAGAAGGUGUAUUGUAGACUGAGUUUAAAAGCACCUUUAUCUCACUAGUUACAGACUGAAAAACAGAAUGUAAUGAUAGAAUUACAAUAAUUUACUUAUGAGUUAUUUUAAAAGGAAACUACUUUAAUAACAAAUGCUUUUGAAAUACAAUGUUGAUGCUGCUAUUUCACAUUUGAUCUUGAAUGUAUCCAAUACUGGGCUUUUGAAGACUGCUACUAACCUUUCA